AGCUCUCAACCUUGCAACGCAUCACAUGCUCCCUUGCCUCCAAAGAUAGACUGAAAUUUUGCAUUCUCCCAUCAUAGUGCAAUGCGCAGAGAUCAUAGAACCACAUCUGCACAGCAGUAGAAGCGUUGAAGCAUUGAAGCAUUGAAGCAAGCAAGAAAGAAAGAUUGCAAAACCAGGGGUCCCUCCUUGUUUCUGCUUCCAAGAGAAUAUUGAGUGUGUGGUUGUGUGUUUUUGCAACUGUUUUUGAGACGAUUUCCACGCUCCAAGUACCUUGAAUAUAUCUUAUGAGUUAUUGAUAAUUCACCGUCACUCUCACACACACCCCUCCCCCUCCUCAGACUCAUUGUAUCUUGGUGCAUAGAUGAUGCUCCUGAGCUUCAAUUGAUACGAUAUAAUUCUGCAGGAGUCAGGUGGCGGCAGCGGAGGAGGAGGAGGAAGCACGGAGCUAAUUGUGUGUGUCUUGUGAGGUCCGACCAGGUAGAUAAUGGUUUUAGGUUUUCAUGACUUAAAAAACUGGGCGAGGAAAUUUGGGGGAGUUGGGGUUGUUGGUUCCAAGCCUACGCUCACGAGGGCUGGGGUGCCGUGCGGUGUCUGUUGUUAUGUAUUGGGAAUAUGGAUUCGGGAAUGAAAUAAAAUGUUUCCCUACUCGUGGCAUGGACCUGCGUCAGAACCCAAUGCCUUGGAGAUUAACCCACACAUGUGAAUCCUGCUUUUGUAAUUGAAUUUCUGUAUUAAUCCUUACUGUCCCAUGAGAUUACUCGCACCCAGGAAAAUCUAACUUGGUGUCCAUGGGGGAUUACUCUUGUACUUGCGCUUGGAAUUGCCGUCAGAGUUUGUUACCAGGAGAAACUGACUUUGCCUCGACAGUGUACUUUAACUCAAAGGAUGUUGCACGUUUACAGCAAGUUUCUAUUGUGAUGGACUGUAUCUGGUGGGUUCUGGUCAUGUUUCUGUUCAUGGGUAUUUUUGUUGAGUUGUGGAUGGACGGGCGUGAUGAUGAGUCUGAAGCGGAGGGAAGGGAAGGGAAUGGAGGGCAAGUAGCUUGCCAGGCAUUCGGGUACGGCCUGCUGUCAGCUCGUGGGGAGGCGCUCGUGAGGCGGCAGCAUCAACGUGAUUCACUUUGCUUGCGUGCGGAGGUAUGCUAUUGUGCUAAAGUAGCGGCGAUGGUGGAGCAGAAGGAAGGUGGCCGGGUCCCUGCUGAUGCGCAGCCAUCUGGCACCACCCUGCCGAGUCAGUCCACUUCAUUCCCUCAUCAGCAGCUGGAUCAAUCUCAAUCCCGUUGUCACAAAGUGGGAACGUCUACCAUGAGUGAGCUUGCAUCGCAGCCACCCUAACUAUCGUAGCAGUGCUCUUCCUGGAGCCUUAAAUUCGCAUCUCAUGCUUUCUUGCUUCAUCAAAACUCUUGCAUUGCAGCACAAGUUUUCCGUUUCUUGCUCCUUUCUCGGACCCAGCUUUGAAGUUUUGGAGAGAAAAUUUCCUGGAUGCUGGUUGCAAGAGGAUUACGGAGACGUCUUGCAUUCCGGAGACUAUCUAUCCGACAGGGAACUGCGUCUAUAUUCGAGCGUUGCUGCGCGUAUAUUGCUGUCCAGCUUUAAGAGUUUCCAAUAAGGGCAUUUUGUCGCACUAUUCAUCAGGCUUGGAGAAAGAUCAGGCUUUAGUGAAUGGCUAUGGAAGUGGGUUAUCUUCGGCACUCGACAACGAUCACCAACGGACUGUGUUGUAACUGUGAUCCGAAGCCCCGAGGAGCACGUCGUGUACAGACUAGGCUGCCUGGCACCCUGUGUCUCGUCAAGGAUACCUUUACCUCUAGCAAAGCUAAACUAAAAAAGCCGUCUCAGAGAGAAAUCUUUCUAACAAGUAGGAAGAGGCUGAAUCAGAUACAAGCUGUUUCAACGGCUGAAAAGGAGAGAGAGGCAGACAAAACAUCCACUCCACCUAUUCCCAGUAGCAUCCACGAUAUUUCAAAUGGAGACCACAUUCUUGGCUUCGGAGCCGAUUUGACCGAAGAUCAUCCUGGCUACCAUGAUCUUGAAUAUAAGAGGAGGCGUAGUCGUAUUGCUGACCUUGCGAAGAUACAUAAAAUAGGUGAACCCAUUCCUUGCGUGGACUACACAUCGGAAGAGAUUCGUGUGUGGGGUCAUGUGUUAGAUACUCUAGUGGACCUCUACCCAACUCAUGCUUGUAAGGAAUACCUGAAUUGCUACGAGCUGUUUAACUUCAAGCCAAACUAUAUUCCACAGCUGCAAGAACUUUCGGAGGUCCUGGAACGGAGCACAGGAUGGCACAUCCGCCCAGUAGCUGGACUCCUCCACCCUCGUGACUUCCUAAACGGUCUAGCCUUCCGCACUUUCCAUUCAACCCAGUAUGUUCGGCAUGGCAGCAAUCCCAUGUACACCCCCGAGCCAGACAUUUGUCACGAGGUUUUAGGCCACGUCCCCAUUCUGGCUGAUCCGGAGUUUGCUGACUUAGCUUGGGCCAUUGGCCAAGCUUCUCUGGGUGCUUCAGAGAAGGAUAUCUGGCACCUUACGAAGCUCUACUGGUACACUGUGGAGUUUGGCACAGUAAAGGAAGGUAACGAGAUUAAAGCGUUCGGUGCAGGCCUUCUGUCUAGUUUUGGGGAGCUGAAGCACAUGCGGGUGGGGACGGAUGGAUUCAUGCCUGAGUUCGUGGAGCUUGACCCGUUUAAGAAGAUGCCCAAGAUGAGCUACAAAGACGGGUACCAGAAGAGGUAUUUUCUAUGCGAGAGCUUUGCAGAUGCAGCGGCAAAGCUUAGGGCGUAUUCCAGAAGCAUUCUGAAGCCUGAGGUGCAGUCCAUCAAGUUUGGAGAUACGCCAAUCCGGCUCUAAACUUCCAGCUCCACCAAUGUAGAACCAGUUCCUUGGUUUUCUGGACCAUAUAUAGAUCUGUAGAUUACUGAUCAAGAUCCUUGCUCUUGUUGGUGAUUCUCUAGUCACGGUUGUUUAGAUUAAAUUAUAUAGUUGUGAAUGCUACCUACAUUUUACUUCUAGGUGGUUUUAUUUUGUAUAGAAUUUGACUUGUGGUUUCACAAUGCACAUUAAAGAGUUGACAGCUUCAUGUAUUCAUUAUUCAA